UGUAAUGCAGAUAGUGGAAUGGGGGAAAUUCAACAUGAUUGAGGCAGAGCGUCGGCUUCUGGGCAACGCGCUUCUUGAUUUGUCAAACCAACGCUUUGUUCUCAUAUCAGAAUCAUGCAUCCCUUUGUUCAACUUCUCAACAAUCUACACUUAUCUUAUUCACUCCACCCAAAGCUAUGUAAUGGCUUAUGACGAGGAUACUCCUGUUGGACGUGGACGUUACAACGUCCACAUGUCCCCAAUGAUCACUCUCGAACAAUGGAGAAAAGGGUCUCAGUGGUUUGAAAUGGACAGAGACCUUGCUCUAGAAGUUGUGUCAGACAAAACCUACUUCCCAGUGUUUCAAGAGUACUGCAAAUUUUCAUGUUAUGCUGAUGAACACUACUUGCCCACGUUUGUUAGCAUCAUGUUUUGGGAGAAGAAUUCGAAUAGAAGUUUGACUUGGGUUGACUGGUCAAAGGGAGGGCUACACCCAGCUAAGUAUGUGAGACCAGAGGUUACUGUCGACUUCUUGGAGAAUUUACGGAACCAAAUGUGUGACUAUAAUGGAAAUCAAAAAAAUGUUUGUUUUCUUUUUGCGAGGAAAUUCUUACCCACUUCCUUGACGAGGCUCAUCAGGUUCGCUCCACGGGUCAUGCACUUUUAAUGUUACAUCUUAUUGCUAUUUGCACCGAAGCAAAAAAAUGUUGAUGUCACUAAACUACUAUUCAAUUCGUUAUUUUCAUUUUGAAAGUGUUUUGGACUUUUCGGUAUAUAUACACUCGUUCU